AUGGAGUGGCAAUCGUUGGUCGCCUGCAGUUCGAAGUCAAAGUACAGCAACCUGACUGCUUCUAAAUGUUAUCUUUAUGAUAAUCUAGGGUCUUUGGUUAAUCUGAACAGUCUUGUUGGGGAUAUUUAUGAAGUGUCCAGGGACAACGAUGAUGACGACGAUGACGACGAUGAUGGCUUAUUAGAUAACAAAGAUAUCCGAUUUAAAUUUUCAGUCUGUCGGAACAUGAUGGAAGGUUCUUCAUGCUCUGGAUCAUCUGCCUGUCUCCUUUUUCCUAAUGGAACAUUUUUUAGCUUGGGGAAAAUAGCUUCAAAACCAUCUUCACAACUCUUAUCAUCGUCGUCAUCGUCAUCGCUGGAGAUGAAUGAUAAUAACGAGAUAUACAUUGAGUACGUGGAUAAUGAUUCAAUGAUGCCAGACUGCAAGGGUUCACAGCCACUACUCACGUCAGCCAUCAACUGCACGUACCUCAUCGAGUGGAUGACAGAAUAUGCCUGCUCCGAUCUUUCCAUCUCUGUUCAUUCAAGCUGCAUUCUGUCCAGCCUUCCUGAUGAUGAUGUUGAUGAUGAUGAAUAUCUCAAGAGAAGGAUUAAUAUUGAUUUGUCUGGAUUAACAGCUGAUACACCUUACAACAUCACAGCUCGUGAUAACGCUGGUAAAGUCUACAGCUACAUUCUGAACAUCUGUACUAAUAAAACUAUGCAUUGUUAUGGUGAUGCAAUGACAUCUACUUCAACUGGAAACAAUCAACCAGCUGCUUGUCAGCUGAGCAGAGAUGGACAAAUUAAGAAAUCCAUUGGCAGUUUCCAACAGCAAGAACUUCAGUACUCAGACGGUAAAAUAGUGAUGGUGAUGGGCGGUGGUGACAUGUGUGCAAGUGCCUUUCAAAGAACAACUAUCAUCCAAUUUGAAUGCAACACAACUGUUGGCAAAGGUGCGCCAGAGUUCCUCCAUGAAGAUGAAUGCACGUACAUGUUCACCUGGAAAACAUCACUCGCCUGCUUACAACAACAACAGCAACAACACAUGCUCUCUUCGUGCACAAUUAAGAUCAACAACGACAAUAAGACGUCAACUUUUGAUCUGUCAAGAUUAAUGAGGGGCUUGUUACAAAAUAAAGACAACAGGUACGUGAGUCUGGGUAGCUACAUGCAGCAGCCAUAUUUUGAUGACGUUAGCAAGGCCGUUGUCAUCAGGUACGUUGGCGGAGAUGCAUGCAUAGCCACCAACAACCACAACAACGACACGAGCCACGACGCCACCAACAACACCCAACGGCGGCUACAUUCUACUAUGAUAUUUUUCCACUGCCUGCCAGGGAACGAUCAGACGGAGCCGACCCUCUUGAAUGGGACAUUGGAUGGAUGCGAGGUGUUCGUAAGUUGGCACACUUCAGUUGCAUGCCCACUGACUCACCUGCUUGGUGAGGACUGUUCCAUCAAGGAUCCUCUCACUGGUUUGAACUUUGACCUGAACCCUCUCAAAAAGUUGCCAACUUCACCAACUGGUUUCUACAAAGCAGUCACGAGAGGUGGCAGUUACAGUGUGGAGCAUGAGUACUUCAUAAACGUGUGCGGUCCUGUACACAGUACUGUCUGUAAUGUUCGGAAUGCUUCUUAUUCAGGCCUCAAACCCAAUGCUGGAGUCUGUCAAGUUUCAAAGUUCUACAGAGACAAGCAAGUGCACAACACGGGUCAGUGGAGCUCCCAGCUGCACUACAGCGAUGGCCGCUUGAAGCUGACCUACAGGAAUGGUGACGACUACCGAUCCAACCCGCCAGUGCCCAGACACACAGACAUCGAGUUCGUCUGCGAUCAUCAGUCGGGCCUCGACACGUCACCCAUCUUCGUCGAAGAAACACAGAGGACGUACAAAUUUAUUUGGAUGACGUCACUUGCCUGUUCGUCUGGUUCGACAGGCCAGCAGGGAGGAGCAGGUUUGAACACCUGUGCUCUGCUCAAUGGCGGCGAUGGUGCUAGAUAUGACCUUUCCAGCCUAACGAGGUAUGAAAGCAACUGGAUGAAAGUGGCCACUCUCAAUGGGAGGCUGGUCAAGUUGAUAUUCAACGUGUGCAGGAGCGUUCUUAUUGGUUGGGAAACUGCCUCCUGCGACCCCUCGUCCAGUGCCUGCCUCAUCUUCCUCGACAAAAAUGAAACCGUUUCUCUCGGAAAAUCAAUCAGUCAUCCAAUCAUGAACAAGGACAAACAAUUGACCUUGAACUAUGACCUUGGGGACAGAUGCAAAGAAGAUAACAAGCUUAGGUACUCGUUAAGCAUAAAGUUCUUCUGCAAGCAGCUUGCCACGAUGCCAGACAUACAACACGUGACCAUGGGUGAUGAUGAUGAUGGUUGCGCCUACAACAUACACUGGAUCACAUCAACGGCAUGCCCUAUCAACGACAGCAGCAGCGGAAGCAGCGUUGAUGACAGCUGUCGCUUCAAUGACAUCAUCAAUGAUCACGUUUACAACUUUAAUGAUUUCAGAGAGAAAGUUUAUGAAAUUAAUGUAGGGGGGAGACUUUAUAAAGUUGCCCUCUGCGGCUCAUUGAAGAUAUGCAAGGAUGAUGUGGCAGCUGUUCUGUGUGCAAGUGACGGGCAGGUUGUUGCCAGGAUGAACGAAAGGUCAAUUAAGGUCAAUUCAGAUGGCCUGCCCGAGAUUCAGUUCUCGUCGUCAAAAAUCAACAUUUCUGUCCAAGUGUCCUGCGACAAAAACCUCUUACUAAUCACCAAUAUGUCCUUGACAUUUGUCAAAAACAUACCCUAUUGGUCAGUAUUCAGCAUCAGACACGCCUCUUUUUGUUUCAAGAAGUUAAUUUCCUGUCAAACAUACGAUGACCUUGGUUUCAAGUAUGACCUUGACCCACUUUACAAAGAUGCCGUUGGUUACACUGCCGGGAACGAACGAGGAGACCGUGUCGAGUUCAACGUUUGUGGGUCACUUGGUGACGGCAGCAGUGCAACUUUGAACAAUAAUAAUUGUUCAAGGCCAGGAGUUGGAGCAUGCGCACACAAGGUGGGCAGUGAUGUGACGUCAUCAAUUGACGCUGGCCAUGUCAUGUCAUCUCCGAGUCUGGAUAACUCAUCAGGUUCUUCCGUGACCUUGACCUACACUGGUGGAGAUCAAUGCGGCAGUGGCAGGAGGUCAUCCAGGGUCAAGUUUAUAUGCUCCACUACCCAGAGUGACCCAGUUUUAUUGACCAAUAAUAUCGAGGAGUGCGACCUACUUAUCGAGUGGAAAACUCCACAUGCGUGCCCUUUCAAGUCAGUCACAGGAAGCAACUGCAUGGUAACUCAUCCCUCCUACCCAUUGUUCACCUUCAAUCUCACCCUCCUCAAGCUUUACCCCAAAGAUUACGAGUUGGAUUUUGAUGGCGGGGAAGUUUUCCUCAUGCACGUCUGCUCGCCUGUCAACAACACUGCUUGUAAUAGUAUGAAGGCUGGUGCUUGCAUCGUUCAUGGCUCUGGAGGCAGUGAGCCUGCAGCCCCGGUUGAUAGCAUGGGUGUUUACAAUGAAGAUCUCGUUUACAACGACGGGAAACUGACCUUGACAUACACCUACUCCUCACCGUCAUCCUCAUCAGCUUCAUCACUAUCAAAAUGUAAAGGCAAUCGAACGACAACUAUAGAUUUUGUUUGUGAGUUGGGCAACAUCGGGCUGACCAGUGGGCCCAUGUACCUCGGAGGCAAUUGUAACAGGAGGUUCGAGUGGGUGACUUCCCUGGCCUGCUUUGAUCAACCAUCAACAAAAACAAAGACAACAACGACAACGACGACGACGAAGUCUCCCGCGAUAGCACCAACAUCGAUUUCGACACCAAACACACGCCCCCUACCUACUGAAACCGGCCAACGAGAAAAAGGUGAAUCUAACAACUCAUCGAGCAUCGUGGGUGCCUUUGUAGGCUUAUCCAUCAUCAUCAUCUCCGUCGUCUUCAUCAUCGUCGCCGUUCUGAUAUACAGAAAGAGGUAUUCUAUACGCAGGAGGUUUGGGAGAAGUUAUGAGCACGUGAGGGAGCAGGAUUACCAGUAUUCAAGGCUAUCAGAACGAGAACCAGUUCUCCUGCAUAACGUGACGUAUGAUGACGUCACUCGCGACGUCACUCAUGGCGGCAACAACGUCAACGGAACGUCCGGACGAGACGAUGACUUGUUUUCAAACCUGCUCAGUGACGACGACGACGAUUUGCUGCUAUGAUGAAACAUCUUCCAUUUUGAUUUUUCUUCUUUAAAUUAACUUUUCAUUUUUUUGUUUCUUAUCACUCUUAUUCCUCUCAACCGCUGCCUCGUCAUUGGAGUCAUUCGACGACACCGCAUCAACUAACAAACUGCUGGCAAGCAGAAAUUGUUUAACAAUCGACUCUGUAGAAAGAAGUACACUCUGUACUGUGUACUGUACAAAGUGUACUGUGCGUGAUUCGUGUACAUUUUUAUAAGGUUUCUAAUUUAUUGGUUCGGUCGUUGUUGGGGUCGGUGAUUUAUUUUUAAGUCUUCCACUGAACGAAUAAAUGAAUGAGUGAAUCAACCAACAAUAAGUGGAUGAAUGAAUGAACGAAUUAACCAAUGAGUGGAUGAAUAAAUGAACGAAUUAACCAAUAAAUGGAUAAAUACGAGAGCAUGAUAGGAUGAAUGAAUCAAACCUUGUGUAAAUACGGAUCUUUAAUUCUUUCAUAAUCUCGCGUAAUGCAAUGAUUAAUUGACAAUCUCGUCUUUUUAGUUUUACCCAUACAUAUUAUGAUUGGUUUUUUCAAUUUAUAUUAAAAAUUUUCUUUUUUUCUGCAUAAUUCUUAAUAACUUGUUUAAUUUGUUAA